AUGAAGCCGGAUGAGUUAUUUGACUCGUCGUAUGAGGGAUUGUUGUCGCUAGGCGAAACGCUUGGGGAAGUCAGGUCGAAAGCCACGCCUACCGACGUCAUUGCCUCGCUUCCAACCGGGACCUAUCAUGCAUGGGCUAAGGAAGAUAGCGAGACACGGUGUCCAAUAUGUUUGGAUGAUGCACGUAUCUGUCAAAUUGAUUCAUAUGGGCGCGACGAUCCUGUCAUGAAGCUUGUUGAAUGUACCCAUUGGUUGCAUAAGGCUUGUUUGGAGGUAUACUUGGCUUCUUCUGUCUUUUUUCGCUUGCUGACGAGUUACCCUUCCAGCAAUGGCUCAAGACAGCGAAUACUUGCCCUGUAUGUCGCAAAAAGGUCAAGGAUUCUCCGAAAUGCCCGUAUAAGGCAAGCAUAA